GGUCAAACGAGACACCUCCUAGCGCAUCCUUACAGCUACGAACAAACCUAAGGAAAAAUGGUAUAAAAGGAAAUGGUUCAGAUAGAAAAGCAUCAAGACCAACCUGACAAUCUUCAUAGAGAAAAAAUACUGUUCAGAAAUAAGCAGCAGGCAGUGGUCAAUGCUGAACAACAGUCUUGGUGAAAACUACAGCUGAACACAAGAACAUUCCAGAUUUAAGCACAACAGGCAUGAGCAUCGUACUAUCCCCAGUGUGCAGCCAAGAGCUGGAUGCCGUAACAUCAGAUGCAUCUCCUAUGAUCACAAAUAUGACCCCUCUUGAAGAGCCAGAGGAUGAGGGAAGGAUGAAGGAACUUGACACUAUGCUGCGCUAUGAGAAACCACCACCACUUCACACUGGAGCAGACUGGAAAGUUGUCCUUCACUUGCCGGAAAUAGAAACAUGGCUUCGUAUGACGUCAGAGCGGGUUCGAGAUCUCACUUACUCUGUACAGCAGGAUACAGGGAAUAGACAUGUAGACGUUCACCUGGUACAACUAAAGGAUAUCUGUGAAGAUAUUUCAGAUCAUGUGGAGCUGAUCCAUGCCCUAUUAGAGACAGAAAUUUCACUGAAGCUUCUCUCCUACUCAGUCAAUAUCCUUGUAGACAUCCACACUGUUCAACUUUUGUGGCACCAGCUGCGUGUGUCAGUUCUUGUGCUUCGUGAGAGAAUUCUUCAGGGUCUUCAGGAUUCAAACGGAAACUACACAAGACAGACUGACAUUCUUCAGGCUUUUGGAGAGGACAGAAAAGAGACCUGUUUGGACACUCUGACUGAAGUUGAUGAUGCAGGUCAGCUGACCAUUAAAUGUUCUCAAGACUACUUCUCUUUGGAUUGUGGUAUCACUGCCUUUGAACUGUCUGGCUACAGUCCUAGUGAAGACGCGUCCGGUGGCCCGGAGGCCACCAUGACCUCCAGUUCAGCUGCCAAGGCUAAACCAAAACCGAUUGAGCAGUGGAACAGUGCUGACCUGGAAAAAGGCUUUCCAGAGUUGGUUGAUAGCGUGGGGCUACUUUCUGUAGCAAAUGAUCAUUCCACUUCCAGGCAGGAAGAAAUUAAGGCAAAUGAUGAAAGUCAUAUGACACGCACAGUUCAUCAAACCUUGGUACAGGACAACAAAGGCACAGCAAAAUCCAAGUUGUCACCCACAUCAACAAAUCAACCGGCCCUACCACAAAGUCCUCCAAUGGAGUGUGCAAGAACCCAAAAAGAAAUUAGAAACUCCAUACAGAAGGUAUUUUCUGACACUAAUACUGAUGUCUCCGAACCCAAAAGACAUGUCCAAGUGCAUUCUUCUAAUGCAAAUAGUAACCAAUGUGAAAACACAAUACCAAAAAGACCAAUUAAAGAUUGUUUCAAUUAUAAUGCAGAGUCUCCGACACAACCUUCCUUACCCAAAAGAGCUUUGUAUCUAAAUGAAAUUUCUAAAGACGAUCUGGAGGUUAGCUGCUGCAGAGUUUCACCUUCUAUUCUCCUGCACAAGGCAGAAAUGAGCAGAAGUACACCAUCUCUUUUUGAUCAUCCUGACAGGUCUAGACUUUGGCUCGACUUAGAUUCAUCCUACCCAAGCUCUGCAAAUGCUGCUGUCAGUUACUCUUGUGAUGAGUUAAACAAAACAAAUGGUACAGAUAAUGGAUUCUCAAGUUCUUCUUCUCAAUGUAAUUUACAAAAGACCACGUUAGAUCGAAAUAAAGCCAAUGAACAAUAUCAAAGAAAGUCUCCAGCUAUUUGGAAAUCAUGCGACUUUCAUGAUCUUAGGCAAUCUAACAAAGAGUCUACAAGAAGCCCCACAUCACAUGAUAGAGAACCUUUAGUGCAAAAUAUCAAUUCUGAGCAAAAUACACAAAGUGGCGUUUCCUUAUUCCCCGGACAGACAUCCCCAUAUCAGAAGCAACUAGAUACCACAGAUAAACUGAAGAAUUUCUAUCCGUGUUGUCCUCCACAUACAAAAAUACCGACUGGUGAGAAUAACAAUAGUUCUGACUCAUUUACUGUAAAGUGUGAGGACAGUUAUGAACCAACAAAUAUUUCCUCAUGGCAUCAAGAUGAGGACUUUUGUAGUGAGAAUAAGAAGCAGCCACCUAUUAGUCAGAGCUCCUCUGAAUCAACGCCUGCACCAUUGCCUUUACAUGUGCCACAUAAUGAGACCAGGAUAGACUCUCCUGGCUUUAUCCCCACUCUAUCUUUGCUACAACAGCAACCAAGGACACAAAAUAGUUCAAGCCAAAAUAAAACUACUGAAAAUGAUAAAGCUGACAUUUGGUUUGGUUCGAAUGAGUAUUUGGCUCUUCCAUCUCACCUGAAGGAAACUGAAGGGUUAACUUUGAAGCUAGAGAAUUUGACAAAGCUAUUGUCACAUCAAUCUACAGGCGAAACACUUGAAAACAUUGAAGAUUGGGAGCUGUCAGAAGCAAAUUCUGUGAAUGAGAUAAUUCCAUCAAUUCACAAUGAAAACAGGGAAUGCCACCCUAAAACUGGAACUAUAUCCCCAUUUUCCUCAAGUGAUGUUGCUUCCUCCUUAGAUGACAGCAUUGAGUCAGGUCCACUCAGCAACAUCCUGUCAGAUGAUGAGUCAUCAAUAGCAGACAUAACUACUAAACACUACACUACAACCCAAUUCUCACAUCCUUGGUUAACACAGAUGCCAAAGAAAGCCUUGGAUGGGACUUCUCCUAAGUCAACUCUGGUUCGACAGCUUCAGCAGGAUAUUCAGCAGAAACAGAAUAACAAUGACGUAUGGGAAAAAAUUGAGGGUUUUGUAAAUAAGCUUGAUGAAUUGAUUCAUUGGUUGUUUGAAGCCAUGGAAACAACUGAAAACUGGACACCUCCAAAAGCUGAUACAUGCAGUCUGAAGCUUUAUCUGGAAACCCAUUUGUGUUUUAAACUCAAUGUAGAUAGUCACUGUGCGCUAAAAGAUGCCGUGGUAGAAGAAGGCCAGCAACUUCUGGAGCUUAUUGAAUCGCACAAAUCAGCUCAGAUGAAAUAUCCUGAACUGGUGAGACAAAGGGAGGGAUUGAGUAUGAUGGACCUGGAUGGAAAAGCAGUUAAUGGUGAUGAAGGAGCAAGAGAAAUGGUGAAGUGCCUGCAGGCUAAAAAAGGAGAAAUACAGCUUAUCAACUUAGAGACCAGGAGAGAUGCUGUGGAACAGAUGUCAUUGAAGCUUUAUAGCGAGCAGUACACAAGUCACAACAAUAGAAAACAAGAAUUUGCUGCAAUGUCAAAAGUCAAUCGGGUAGAUACUUACAGCCUUCUGGACUUUGAAUCGGAGUACCAGGAGCUCUGGGAUUGGCUGAUUGACAUGGAAUCCAUAGUGAUGGACAGCCAUGACCUGAUGAUGUCAGAAGAGCAGCAGCAGCAUCUUUACAAGGGAUACAACAUGGAAAUGUCAAUGUGGCUUCCUAAGAAACUACAUUUGCUAAAGAAGGUUGCAUCUCUGAGAGAAGCUGGUCACUCAUUACCCAGUGAAAUUCUUGAAAAGGUAGAGGGAAUUAAAGACAAAUGGCACCUGUUAGAGAGAACGCUCAGAGAGAAAACCCAGCACACAGUAAUGGGCCCGAGUGGGGCAGGAACAUGUGAUCUUCUGUCACCUGAAAGUAGUAGCCUGGUGAGGCAGCUGGAGGUCAGGAUCAAAGAGCUUAAAUGUUGGAUGAGAGAUACAGAGCUUUUCAUCUUUAAUUCCUGCCUGCUCCAAGAAAAAGAAGGGACAACGGAGGUCCAGAAAAAACUGCAGCAUUUUAAGUCACUGUGUACUGAAAUUAAACAACGUCGACGUGGCAUAAUAUCCGUAUUACGAUUAUGCCAACGACUCGUCGAUGACACAGAUGCCAGCUGUUCAGAAGCUGAUCGUCAGUCAAUGCAACUUAUUAUUGUGAACUUGGAGAGAAGAUGGGAAGCCAUAAUAAUGCAAGCUGUCCAGUGGCAGAACAGACUGCAAAAACAACUAGGAAAUGAAGAGGACUCCUUAAGUUGUGUUGAACCUGGUCUAAUGGAUCUGAAUAUUUUGCUUGAAGAUUCACUGGAAUGGGAUGAAAUGGACAUGAGUAACAAUCUGAUUGGUAUCCAAGAUGAAACAGUUGAUACUGCAUUUGAGGAAAAGGACGUAUCAAAAUUCUCACCUAGACCCAUCAAUAAUCUUAGUGAUGAACUUAUGCUAGAUCAAUAUACCAACGGCCCUGGAGAAUCACUGUAUAGCCCUGGUGAAGUUCCUUCUUCCUGUCCAGUUAUCUAUCAGGUCUAUACCCAACAUAAUAUACAACUCCCUGGGAAAGUUGAUACACCAUUCUUCAAGAAUGCCUCAAUUUUUCCCAGUUCAAAGAAUUUAGUAAGGAGUGCAAGUAAAGAUUCCUCUCUUUCGUCUGAUGACUCUUUGCCAGAGCUACUGGAUGAGUUAAGUCCAUUAAAAAAGGGCAAACCAAUAUCACUGAAACUUGAGAGUGAGAACGAAAUAGUCAGUGAAGAUGAUGCAGAAACUACAACGAAUUCUCAAACCUCCCUGCCAAAUCAAAUUGAUCAAGCUCAAACUGUCAAACAAUUGCAUCCCCUGAUUGAAUUAAAACAUAAAGACUGUCCAAUUAAGUCAUGCAUUUGCCAAAGACAGGGUUCACUUGUAAAAAAAGAAAUGAGGAAUGCAGCAAGAAUACAAAGAACGAAAAAUAAUGUAGAAUUGUCAAAAAAUCUUCAAUCACUGUCUCUAAGUAAUGAAGGAAACUUACAGCCUCAUGAUAUGAAUAAUACCCCUUCAAAGGACUUUUCAAAUGAUCUGGAGGCACAAUAUGAUGUGUUUACAUUUUAUGACUAUUCUUACCUGCAAGGCCCUGAGCUUGAGUUAAAUAUGACUGUAACUCACUCACUUGAAGAAAAGGUGACUACUGAUGGGAAUGUGUCCUCUAAACCAAAUUCUGCUGAAUUUAUUUGUGAAAAUGGGCUAUCAGCUCCUGAUUCCAAGCCAGACUGUAUUACAUCCAAAAAAUGCCUGCCAGUAAAAUCAGGUGAUGCUAACGUUGAGACUUACUAUCGCAAAACAGACAAUGACAGACUAUCUCAAGAUAAUAUAAAUGAUUCAGGUUUUGCAUUUUUGUCUCCGAGGUCAUCAGUGGAAUCACUUUCAAUUGCUGGUGACAUAUUUCAGCUUGGAACUAACAAUCACAAAAAUGGUGAUCUCCAACGCAGUACUUCCUUAGAGAGCUGGGUUAUUCCAUAUAAAGUCACAGAGGAGCUACAUAGCAUUCAAGGAUCAGGGGAUAUUAUAGGUAGUGAUGCAGUUGGGGAGCUAAGUAAGAGGACGUUAGAUCUGUUGAAACGUCUAGAAAACAUCCAGAAUCCCAUGAGUCCAAAAAUGAAACGUAGUGUUUCUGAUAUCACAUUGCAGAGUAACUCUCUCAAAAUGUCAUGCACUGGCCAGCUCUCAUUUGAUGCUGCAUCAUCAGCAAAUGAAGAUUCUGCUGCUUCUCUCACAGAAUUAAGCAGCAGUGAUGAGCUUUCUUUGUGCUCUGAAGAUAUAAUUGUUCAUAAAAAUAAAAUUUCGGACUCUAAUGCAUCAUUCAAAAAACAGGUUAAGCACUCAGUGACUGAUGAAGCUGAUGUCAAUAUAAGCAUGAUUGUUAACGUGUCUUGUACAUCUGCUUGUACAGAUGAAGAAGACGAUAGUGAUUUGCUUUCCAGUUCAACCCUUACUCUAACUGAAGAGGAGCUAUGCAUUAAGGAUGAUGAUGACUCCAGCAUUGCUACAGAUGAUGAAAUUAAUGAAGAAAGUAAUCACAUUUUAGAUAGGAACUUUAUGAAGAAUGAAUUACACCACUGGAUUAAACCAAUUUUUUCUGUGACAAAGGAAAAGAAAAAAAUGCAUCCUGGAGAAAAGGAUCAAUGCAGGACUGAUUCAAAUAGUAUAAAGUUACCAACCUUCAAAAACAUUUCAACACUUUAUCCAUUUUUAAAGACUUCUGCAUUGAUGCAGUCUGAGUCCAAAGACUGUAAGAGCACAUCAUUCCAUCCAAAAGAAAGACACCACAAACAAAAUGGAGUGGAGACUCUCAGACACUCCUAUGGUGACCAUUUGAAAGAUGAUGUAGAGAAUGGUAAUGUGGAAAAAUCUCCAUUAAAAGACAAGAAAGAACUAAUUGAAGAGAUAGACAGUAAGAAAUUUCAGUAUUUUGAAAAGGAGCAUAAUACUAGCAAGACCCAUAAAUCAGGACGUUCAAAUGCUGAAUUAUUUAGUGGAACAUAUGAGCAGAAAGCAGAUGUUCCUUCUACACAGCACAUUCCAGUUCCCCAGACCCCCAUACAAUCUUCACAGAAAGAUAAAUGGCUUAUAUGUUUGGAAGACAAUGGGACUGCAAACCAACAUUUGUCAUCAUCUACUUUUAACAUCAAUGAGAAGCCUAUUUUCUCAGAGAAACUUGAAAAGAACUGUAAUGUUACAGUUUUAGGUGGGAACACAGCUUCUGCAAAUGAAGAUAAGAAACUUCAACAACAUGAAGAUUCCAGUGCAGAUUUAAUACUUAACUGCCGUGGUGAUGAAUAUAAUCUGACUAGUCAAGAAUCAUCUGAAAAAUGUUCAGCUCAUCUUAAAACAGAAAGCAGACUUUUGGAAGAAGCUGAUAAGGAUUAUAUAAAUGAUAUUUCAAAUUGUUCCUGUCAUUCUAGUGUUCCUCAUGGUGUUGAUGGUGAAGAAGAUAGUUCUGUUCAUAAUUUUGUGAUGGAAAUAAUUGAUAUGGCAUCAACAGCUCUUAAGAAUAUAUCUCAACAUGAUUCUGAAAUGAUGAAUCCAACUUCAGUGGCUCAGAUCAAGGAAAAAGUAUUGGAACAUUCCCACCGUCCUUUGCAGCUGCGAAAAGGAGACUUUUAUUCUUACCUGUCUAUAUCAUCACAUGACAGUGACUGUGGUGAGGUAAACACAUGCAUUGAUGAGAAAAGCAGCACACCUUUGCCUUUAGAUUUUAAUGAGAAGACCAGGUUAGAAAACAAUGAUGAAGAUGAUAACUUGUACAGUGAUGAUGUUGAAGAACAAUCUACCCCACACCGCUCUUGCUUAUUUAAUUCUACACUUCAAAAGGACAAGAUUUCAGAUGAUAAUCUAUAUCCUUUGACCAAACCUGAACCAUUUUUUGACAACAAUGCAUCGCAGUUGCCAAAUGGUAAACUGGACAUUAUGAUGUCAAAAGCUAUUCAUGUGACUCCAACUAACCAAAAUAAAUAUGGUGGAAAUCCAACAGGAACAAACAAAAUUACUGAAAGUUCAGAUACAUUCUUAGGAGUUUCUGAUCAAACACAUAACACACCUGAAGACAAUAAAUUUCAAUCGGUAGAGUGCCACUUUGAGAAGCCAAACGAUAAUUCUUUGCUGCCUAAAGCACAGACAGACAUUUCUAAGUGUUUGUCAGAUAAUGAGUCCUUUGUUGCUAGACCUAAAAUUGAAAUGCUUGAAACUGGUGACCCUCCAUUUAAGAGUGAGAGUGAUGAAAAUCAUAAGUCAGUAAAACAAUCCCAUGAAAUACAAAUGAAUCUGGUGAAGGACUCACAACCAAAUGACAGUCAUCUUGAAAAACCAGGAUUUCCAUGUGGAUUUCCUGUUUAUGAAAAUUACCAAAUUGAAGAUUGCAAAGUCAAACAGAACAUUUUCACGAAAGAAAAUAAUUAUGAUGGGGACUUCAACUUGUCUCAGAAAGAGAUCCCUAGAUCUCAAGAAUAUACAGCAGGGAAUUCCAGGACAACUCAAAGGAGCAAAACCACUGAUGCCAAAACUACAUCCUGUGUAUCCUACCACAGUGAACUUCCAAGCAACGCUCAUGCUGCAAGAACUGUACCCAAGAAAUCUGGCUGUAACCUUGCUCCAUUUUUGCCCACCUAUUCCCAAAGCAGCCUGUAAUUUAAUUGAACCAUCUUCUUCCUCACUGUCAUCGAAGACAAAUUCCUUCCAAAUGCGAGUUUUUCAAGCAGGUGUGGUAAUCUGGUUGCUUCUCUUGGUCCUGUGUAUGGCAGUUGCUCUCACUCCCUUGUUGGUAAUACCAACAGAUUGCAGCAAAGUCCGGUAUUUUUCUUCUUCAUGGACUCCUGUCCUAAGCUACCUCCACGGACCUCCUCCAUUCUGAUCUGCAGUUUAUAAUUGUCCUUCUACUUGUGGUGAAGGCAUUUUUUUGAUAUCUGAGAGAAUACGACAGAAAUUGCAAAGGUAUGAAGGUGUAAUUUUAUGUUAAUUCCUGUAAUGCAUUUCACACUUUGGCAUACUUGGGGUAAUGUUUGGAUUUUAUGGGAGAAUGCUGUUAUCUCAAAAAAAAACACUCAUUUGUCAGGACAUAAAUUCACCUUUCCAAAAAGUGAGCCUUGUUCCAUUAAAUAUGCUAAAGCCAAUAAAAGGAGACACAAAUAUAAUUUGAUAUUUAACUUGAAGUUAUGACAAGUGGCAUAAAAUUUAUAAACAGUUAAUUUGAAAUUUAUGUUUAGUCUUGAUUAUCAUACAUUGAUACAUUUAAAGUAGGUAAUGUUAAACCAAUACCACCAUAUAAUACAUAGAUCCAAUCUAUGCAAUCCUGAUAUGUAAAAAUCAACCUUAUUGUGCUGUGUAUUACGAUUAUCAGUAUGAUAUUGUCGAGUUUUGUCAUUCCGGCUUCUUAUGAUGGGGAAGAGAAGAAAUGUUUUAACAAUGUGUGCCUUGCUGUAUUUCUUACACCUUUUGUUAAAAAGCUGCUUUUCCCAGUUAAAAAAAAUGGCUUAAAGAGAUGUGGUAGCAAGGUUACGCUAUGUAUAAUUUCUGUACAUAUGUACAAGAAAAUGCUAAUCAUGUAUGAUGAUAUACAAUGCUUCUGUGUAUUGUGUUACUGUGUCCAGUGAUGUGGAAAAUAUUAAGCCUUAAGCUGUUAGAUUG